CGCAAGUCGGAUACGAUGAUGUUGAACCAAAUCUCACUACUUGCAACGGCUCAAGCCCUCCUUGCGACGUGCAAUCCUGUGCCGAACUUUGACUACGUCAUAGUAGGUGGUGGAACCGCAGGCCUUGCCCUCGCCAACCGCCUCUCUGCAGACCCAACGAUCACCGUCGCCGUCAUUGAGGCUGGGAACUCGGCCUUCAACAACCCAAACGUGACUUACGUGCCCAAAUCUAUUACAGAAUUCGGUCUCGGCUUGGGCACCUCUGUCGAGUGGGGUUAUACCACCGAGCCCCAGAAGUAUGCUGCGAGCGGCAACGUUACCUUGCCGUAUUGGGCGGGGAAAGGUAUGGGAGGCUCGUCUUUGAUCAAUGGAAUGACGUACGUACGAGCCGAGAAACGGCAAAUCGACGCCUGGCAAGGUUUGGGUAACGAGGGAUGGCAAUGGGACACUCUGGCGGAGUAUUAUGUGGAGCAAGAGAACUUUUUGAAGCCAACCGAGCAGCAGGAAGCGAGCGGCGCAACUUUUAAGGAGAGUGCUCAUGGGUUCGAAGGAGAGCUUGACGUAGGGUUCACGCCGUACUUGACUGGACAAGGGGCGUUUCGUAUCUUGAGCGACACUCACCAGGCCAAAGGUUAUACAUGGAACAGAGAUGUGAAUACGGGUAGUAUGCCUGGGUUUGAUGUGUGGCCAAUGACGCUAAAUGCCUCCACGAAAAUAAGAGAGGACGCAGCGAGAGCGUUUUACUACCCUAUUGCUGAGGAACGACCAAAUCUACACGUCUUCUGCAGUACUACAGCGUCGCGCAUACUCUGGAAACAACCAUCUGACGAUUCGGAAAAGUCUGCUUCAGGUGUCGAAAUCGUCAGAUCAGACGGAACGAUACGAAGGUUGGAAGCUAUCAAAGAAGUUAUCGUAUCUGCUGGCUCCAUCAGGUCUCCUGCUAUACUAGAGCUGUCAGGAAUUGGCAAUCCAUCUAUUUUAUCGCCACUCGGGAUCGAAACUGUCAUACCUCUCCCAUCUGUGGGGUCAAAUUUACAAGACCAGCCAGCAAACAGCAUCUUCUACUCUUCCUCAACAAACUGGACCGGAUAUGCAACCUUCGCAACUUUUCUCACAGCAUCCGACUUGUUUGGCGCCGCUUUACCGUCCAUCAGCCAUGAAAUCCAAUUGAAUCUGACUUCCUACGCUGAACUUAUCCUCUCGGACUACGCCCCAAACUCCACAACCCUCAAAGCUCAAGAACAGCUUGUCCAACACCAGCUCGAUCUCGUCUUCAGCCCCAACUCAACCGUACCACUUGCUGAGAUCCUCUGGUUCCCUACUGGUAACGCCAUUGUAGCGCAGUUCUGGAACCUCCUACCAUUCUCAAGGGGCGAGAUACACAUCAAUUCGACAAACCCACUCUCGCAGCCCUCGAUCAAUCCAAACUUUCUCCAGCUUCCCAUCGACACGAUCGUCCAGGCUGCCAUUGCAGUGCGCGCCCGAGAACUGUUUGCUACGUCGCCGCUCUCGGAACACGUGAUUGACGAGGUAUCACCGGGCUUUGCUGUGGUGCCCAAGAAUGCUUCGUAUGCAGAUGUCAACGGGGCGUGGGCGAAGUGGAUCAGGGGCAGUUUCAACGGCAAUUCGCAUCCGGUGACUACGUGCGGGAUGUUGGCCAGGGACUUGGGAGGCGUGGUUGAUAACGAGGGAAAGGUUUAUGGGACGCGGAAUGUGAGAGUUGUGGAUGCGAGUAUUUUCCCGACGCAGAUUAGUGGGCAUUUGAGCGCGACUGUGUAUGCGCUUGCUGGUAAGAUCGCGGAUGCGAUACUUAAGGAGAAUGGACAGUAAGACAGGCCAACUGUCUUGCUCGGAAAUAUGCAACCAUGGAAAGGUUUGAUACUACAUUCAUUUGUUACUCGCUUGAGCAGCUUCUUCAACAGAAGCACUGCCAGAAGCAUUGCCAGAAGCGUUUUCUACUGCUGGACUUGCGUCUUCAACUGGGGUGUUGGCACCUAUCAAUUACAUGCAUUGCAGCCCCACAUUAUCGAAAGAGGAAAGUGGCGGUCGCGCCUGCAUGUUCCGAGGUGGCUGUGCCAGCAGGCUACGCUCAGAUGUCGAGAAUUUAAAGGCUGUUUCGCUCGCUCACUGUUUCGGU